UCAUUUUUUCUUUUAUUGUGGAAUCGUUAUCAGCAGCGGCUGCUGCUGCUGCUACUGCUGCCCCAAACUCGGCGUUUUGGAUUUAAUCAAUAAUAAUAUUCAGCAACAACGGAAUAUCGUACACAUUUUCCCCCUUUGUUCUAACGUCAUUCACAGCGGCGUAUACCCGUUGUCCGUACAUGAUAUAAUAAUUUAAUCUGGUUUUUUAUGCCCUCCUGGUGACUUGGAUAACGUUUAUACUUCUAUUUACUUAAAGUCGAUUAUAUUUUUUUUCAAAUUAUUUUAAUUAUUUUCAAUCAGCCAAACUUAUUGUACAUUUCGAUUUUAUAAUAUAUAUACCAUGUUUUAUUCUUGUUUUUUAUUUUUAUUAUUAAGUAAAAUAUUACAUUUAAAUCGUAACAGUUUUUGUCAAAGAACUGUGAUGAUUUCAUAUUUUUAUCAAGUAUACGUAAAAUUUACUGUAGAGAUAUUGAUGAAUUUCGUUCAUUGAGCACCUAAACUCGUGCGCUUUAUUGUAAACAUUAAUUGAACUAAUUGUAGUUAAACCUUUAAGUAUACCAUGUAUUUGAUUGACGAUAAACCAACAAUGUCUGAAAAUGAUGCAAUACCUGAAGGAACAACUAUAGUAUUAGAUAGUGGGUCAUCUGAAAAUACAAUGACUAUUGAUGGAAUUAAGUUGGAGCCAUCUACCUCAGGAACUGAAAAUAUUACUGAUAUACAAAAUUACUUAGAUUCAUUUAAUAAAGAGAUAGAGGGUAAUGAAGUGACACAAGUUACUACUGAUGGUGAUUCUGUAGAGCAUACAUAUUUCAUUGAUCAAAAUGUCCAAUAUUAUUAUCAAACAACCACAGGAGAUGGUCAAAUGGUUAUGGUUGGAGGACUUUCUGAACAUGAUGCACAAAUGAUGGCUGAUACAAAUGAAAAUAAUAUAGAUAAUGUUACCCAAAUUGUUCUUCCUAGUCAACAAGAUAAAAUUAAAAAAGAAAUACCACAAAUUGUGGCUUUGGCAGAUGGUACUGGAUAUCAAACGGUUACUCUUGUUCAAACUGAAACUGAACCAAACAAUUAUGUACUUUAUGUUGUCAAACAACCUAAUGAAAAAAAUGAGGAAACUUCCAAUAUCAGCAUGGAGAUUUCUCAAGAUGAUCCUGAUCCAGAUGAUCCAGAUGUUAGCAAUGUAUAUGAUUUCAAUGAUGGUGAAGAUCCAACUAAUGCCAAAAAAUUAGAUGUUAUUGAAUCUGGUGAAGAAGAUGACAAAUCAAAAAUACCCAAAUUAGCACCAAAAAAGUCACAAACUGUGACUCAAGCACAUAUGUGUAAUUAUUGUAAUUAUACAACUGGAAAAAGAUACCUACUUUCUCGCCAUAUGAAAUCGCAUUCCAAAGAACGUCCACAUAAGUGUACUGUAUGUGAACGUGGUUUUAAAACUCUUACUUCAUUGCAAAAUCAUGUUAACACCCAUACUGGAACAAAACCAUAUCAAUGUCGGAGUUGUCCUAGUGCUUUUACAACAUCAGGAGAACUUGUAAGACAUGUUCGAUAUAAGCACACCCAUGAAAAACCACAUAAAUGUACAAUAUGUGAUUAUGCUAGUGUAGAACUUAGUAAAAUGAGAAAUCACAUGAGAUGUCAUACUGGUGAACGACCAUACCAAUGUCCUCAUUGUACAUAUGCAAGUCCAGAUACAUUUAAAUUAAAACGUCAUUUACGUAUACAUACUGGCGAAAAGCCUUAUGAAUGUGACAUUUGUUUUUCUAGAUUUACACAGUCUAAUAGUUUGAAAACCCAUAGAUUAAUACAUAGCGGAGAAAAACCUGUAUUUAAAUGUGAACAUUGUCCAGCCACUUGUGGCCGAAGAACUGAUUUACGUAUACAUGUUCAAAAGCUUCAUACCUCAGAUAAACCAAUUAAGUGCAAACGAUGUAGUGAAGCAUUUCCUGAUCGUUACCAAUAUAAGGUACAUUGCAAAUCACACGAAGGGGAAAAAUGUUAUAAAUGUGAAUUGUGUCCUUAUGCUUCCAUGUCUCAACGUCAUCUUGAAACUCAUAUGUUAAUUCAUACUGAUGAAAAACCAUUCCAUUGCAAGCUUUGUGAUCAGUCAUUCAGACAAAAACAAUUACUACGUCGACAUCAUAAUUUAUAUCAUAAUCCAGCAUAUAUACCACCCCUACCACAUGAAAAACCACAUCAGUGUAAUACUUGUCAACGAUCUUUUAGACAUAAAGGAAAUUUAUUGAGACAUAUGGAAGUUCAUAUGCAAGAAUCAACUGGAAAUGAUCGAAAUAUAGCAAUUAAACAAAGACUAGAAUAUACAGAUUCACCCAAUGAUGAUGAAUCUGAAGAGGAUACAAGUAUUCCGACAAGGGAAACUGGAGUUGUAGCAGUAGAAGGUGAAGAUGGGCAGCAAUAUGUUGUACUUGAAGUGAUUCAACUAGAUGGUCGAGAACAGGUGGAUAAUUAUUCUUCUAAUAAUGUAUCAAUACAACAAGUUGACCAAUCUUCUCCAAGUCAAAAAGAUCUAACAAUUUUAAAAACGGCAUCAUUAUCAGAUGUGAAAGAAGAAUGUGGUGAUGGUGUUGAAAAUUGUUUUGGUUUUGAUGAUGAAGAUGAUGAAGAAACUACCAAUUCUGGUGGUUAA